UCUCCUCUCCUGCCUCCUUACUUUUCUCCCUCGCUCACUUUUUUUCUUGUCCUUUGUGUCCUUCCUAUCCUUUCCUUUUCUUUCUUAUGUUUCCUCGUCUCCUUCCUCUGCCCCUCUCCCUCACCCUCAUCAUCUUUCACCCUCCUCUCUCUCUCUCUCUCUCUCUCUCUCUCCCCCCUCUCUACUGUCUCUCCCCCCUCCUCCGCCCCCAGCACAGUGGGCGGGUCUCCUUUCUCUCUCGGAUGUGGAUCAGAUGAUUGGGGCUGCAGCGGACUGAUCUGCAGUCAGACAUGGAGUGAGUACACUUUGAUUUCUUUUCUCUCCAUCAUUAACCUUCCUCUCCUUCUUCCCUUCCCUCCUUUCCUCUUCUUUCUUGCCUCUUUUCUUCUUCGUGUGUUUUUUCUCUGUAAGUUUAUCACGGAGGGUGUGACUUUAGUGUGAGCGCGCGGAGCCUCGUGUGUCGUCAUGGUGCGGCAUCAGUCCGUCAGAGCGCUGAGUCAGGACCAUCACCGGGAAACACGCGGGACACUGCGCCACGCACUGCGCCAAACAAAGCGCAAAGAAACGGCGUGAAGAGAGCGAGAAGGAGGUGAAAGAGGAGAUGAGGAGGUGACAGGGGGAGUCUGGGGGGUGUCCGCUGCGGCACGUGAAGGGUUAAAGUCAUUAAACAAGGCGGAGGGACACGCUGUCUCUGAGAUCUACUUUUCUGUGCGGAUGGAGCGAUCUGAUCCGAUCACUUAUUGAUUAGCAGAGAGGCCGAUUUUAUUCUUGAUUUUCAGGGUUAAAACGGGGGGGGGGGGGGGGGUGUUCUUUAUCAAUCACAUGUAAAGAUAAACACCUGAGGCACAACUUCCGGUCACACCCUUCAACUUAAAAGUUUCAAUCAGGUCCUGAAAACAUCAGAGUGAGCAUCAUUGUUCAAACAGCAAAGUCAUUACAAACCUGACAAUAAUCCAACAAUUACUGCUGUAGGGGUUUCUUUUUUAAUGUGUUUUUAUCUGGGGUUCAAAUGUGGACCUCCCUACAGAAUAAUUUAAAGAACAAACAAAUAUUAAAUAUUUCAGUUUAAAACAGUAAAACAACAAAAUAUGAAGCGGACGCUGACUUUGCUUUUGUUUGUUUUCUUAAAUGUGGUGGUAAUAUUGUUUACAGUGGACGGACCGUCUCAUGUUGUUGUUUAUUUCUGUUUUGAGUGAGGGACAGAAAAAAAAGGUUUGUCUUCCAGUCAUGGCCACGAGCGAAACGAACGAAAAUCUCAUGAUUAAUCGAUUUGGUUGCUCAAAAGAAACUUUUCUAUUUCAAAACCUCUGUCAUAAACUUCUUUUUUUUAAUUAUACAGUAUAAAUAAAUUGUUUUUUUCAGUUAAAAUAACAUUAAACUUAAGAGCCCCACUUCUGCGAUAAGAAAAGGUGGAGUUAGCUUUCUGUGUGAGUAUCGUCAGGGGUGUGGCCUCAGGGGUGUGGCCUCUGAUAGGUCAAGGACAGUUUAGUAUAUCAGAAAAAGUUCAGCUUUCACUCCAACAGAAACUUUUCAUCUUUUCCAAAAUAUUUUUAGGACUCUAAUUUUGGGGAAAACAAACAUAAAGCAAGAACAGAGCAGAAAUAAAUCGACUUAUGCUGCGUUCGAGUUACUUCGGAAGUGAAAUAUCGGCGCUGAAAAUGAUGUCACACCGAGUUCCCAACGGUUUAGUUAUUGAGUCGGAAAAAAGCAAAAUGGAAGGCCUGAAACAAGAUGGCUACAUCUAUGAAAGUUAUUUGAGUGCUUGUCUUAUAUUUGGACAAGGCAAGCAUUAAAAUAACUUUCGUAGAUGUAGCCAUCUUGUUUCCGCCUCCGAUUUUGCUUUUUUCCGACUCGGUGUGACGUCAUUUUCAGCUCCGAUAUUUCACUUCCGAGGAAACUCGAGUGCAGCAUUAUUCUCCGAUCAGCUGAUUAUUUGACUCGUCAGGUUUUAAAAACACCUGAUUUAGAAAUAAUCAAAAUGUUCUCAGUACUGAUGUGUCAUCGUCUCCUUGAGUUUUAUUUUGAAGUUUCUCAGUCACUUCCUGUCUCACUGGUUUCCAGCCCUCCCAGAGUGUGAAUGUGUGUGUUUGUGUGUGUGUGCGAGUGUGUAUAGCUCAGAUGGUCUGUCGGUGUGUCCGGUCUCCAUGGAGACGGGCUGCAGCUUUGUUCAGGAUCCUUUGAGUUCAACAGAAACAGAAAACUGUGCUGAGAUCAGCAGAGACCACCGCUCACCCCCAGACCACCACUUCAAUCUGUUCAACUACUGUAACUAGUUUAACCUGCUGCACCAGUUUAACAGCUUCACCAGAACAAGUUUAACCAGUUUGACCAGUUUAAACUGGUUUAACCAUCUUCAUAUUUUUUUAUGUUUAUUUGUGCAAAAAAGACCCAAACAGACAUUUACCUAAAAAUACAGAAAAUUAUCUUUGAGUGUUAUUCAGAGGGAUUCACCUGACGGAAAUUAAAGCUUCUGCAAAGUCCCGUCAAAAUAAAAGCACCUCUAACACUUCUUUAAAAAGUGCAACAAAAUGUUUUUCUAGUUUAUUUAGUUUAAAGAGUCAAAGUAUUUAAUCCAGACUUAGACAAGUUUAACUAGUUUAUCUUAUUUAUUUGCUAUACAUAUAAAUAAUUUUAAAGAUAUUUUGGAGUUUUAAUAAUUGUGAAUGAUUUUAAUGUUAAAAUUAUAAAAUGUAGUUGUAAACAAAUGUUGAUUUAAACGACACAAAUAAUGACAAAAAAGUUAAUUACAUUUAUAAAUUUAGAGAGUUUAGGUGAUAAACUCACUCUGUUAUUGUUGGUGUUUCAUUUAUGGGUGUACUUUAGAAGUGGGCGUGGCCACAGUGACAUCACUUAUUGGAUUGUUGAUUCUAGUUUAAUUUGUAGCUGCUGAAACAAAAUUAAUAUGGAUUAGUUCAACUGUGUGAACUAAACUUUAAUCCAGCUCACUUUUAGGAUAAACCUGCACAACACUGCUGCUACACAACACUGCUACACAACACUCCUGCACUAUGCUGCUGCUACACAACACUCCUGCACAACACUCCUGCACUACACUGCUGCUACACAACACUCCUGCACUACACUGCUGCUACACAACACUCCUGCACUAUGCUGCUGCUACACAACACUCCUGCACUACACUGCUGCUACACAACACUCCUGCACUAUGCUGCUACUACACUACGCUGUUGCUACAGAGCACUGCUGCUACACAAAGCUGCUGCUACACAACACUGCUUCAACACAACUGCUGCUACACAACACUCCUGCACUAUGCUGCUGCUACACUAUACCGCUGCUGCACUACACUGCUGCACAAUGCUGCUGUUUCACAACACUGCUGCUGAACUACGCUGCUGCUACAUAACACUGCUGCACUAUACUGCUGCUACACAACACUGCUGUUACAGAACACUGCUGCACAACGCUGCUGCUACACAAUCAAACCAAUCUAAACGACCUGUGGAGUCGCCUCACACUUCACAGAAGAAAAAACUCGGGGUUAAGUUCCACAGUCUGAAACAUGGCGGGUGUUUAUGUCCAGAAUCUGUUUGUAGUUAUAAUCAAUAAUUUGACUGUAGCUCCGCCCACACUCACACAGUCAGUAUGAGGGCGGAGCUAUUGCACACUGGACUCGAAGCUUUUUGGAGAGCCGCCCAUAUGUCCCUGUUACUUUCUGUCCUGCACACUCGACAAACUGCAAAUGAACCUGUUCGCUCAUGAUGGUGUGGUGGUUAAAAAAAAGGGGCGUGGCCUUUGGACAGUAGCUUUCCUGAUCUUUAGAUGGAGAAACAUGCAGUAACAGUCUGCCGCGCUGUCAUGCAGGUUCCCCGCGUCGAGUCUUGAUUAGAUCCUGUCGCCCGUCUGCAGGUUGACCCGGCUCUUAAAGGGAAUGAGAGCAGACACACUGAUUGGUUUAAUUCCUGUUAAACACACCUUUAAAUCGUCAAGGGACUUAUUCGAACCUCUUUGCGCCGUCUUCCUCACUUAGAGCUCAGUUUGUGCGCCACUUCACCAGCAACAUGAGGGCAGACACGCCCUGAUUCACUCUGCACCAUCACCCGCCUCCAGUUCCCUUUAGAGGUUCAACCAAAGUGCUUCAUCAUGAUGUUUUAUUAAGAUAUCGUUAACCAACACAUCUGUGUGUGUGUGUGUGUCUGUGUGUGUGUGUGUGUGUGUGUGUGUGUGUGUGUGUGUGUGUGUGUGUGUGUGUGUGUGUGUCUCAGGGUGGGCGAGGCUCUCUGUCAGCAGGAUCGACUGCAGCUCCUCGCAGUGAGUCUAAUUUACACACACAACAGUACACACGCUUUGAUACACACCUGCAUGAACACACACACACACACACACACACACACACACACACACACACACACACACACACACACACAGCUCUCAUUGCAUGCGCCGAUCUCUGACUGAAGCAGAUAUUUAAACCUCCAGACACCAGAGCUCUCAGACUAAUGCACUUAUUGAUCCACAAACACACAGAAACACACUCUCACACACACACUCUCACACUCUCUCUCUCACACACAGACCUGUUUCCUGUGUAUCCCUGUCAUGCAGUACCUGUAGUACUGUAAUAAUACUCUGUACAGACAGAAAGUUUACACGGUCAGUCUUUGUUACUCUAUAAUAUUUCAGUAUAAAUCUGGAUGAUCUGCUUCAUGGUUUUAAAUUUAAAAAAAGUAAAAACUGAAACAGACUUUGGCUGAAAUACUCAAAGUUAAAGGAUCAAAUGUUCUCGUAGACUGUUGUUGGUACAAACAUGUAAAACAGUGAAGCCAAAACUCAUCAGAGCUGCUGAACUGGAGUGUUUCAGUCUUCAGAGUCUGUCUUUUUCUGAGUCUGAGCUCCCUCAGGUGGGUCCAGUCCACAGCAGAACAGGUUCUUCUCUGGGUUUGAAUCAGACAUCAGGGUUACGGAGAGUUCAGUGACUCUUCCUCCUUUUGCUCUGAUAGUCUGAAAGCUGCAGCAAACUCACUAACCAACAGAGCUGCUGAUCACGGUGUUGACGAUCUGCAGAAGCUCAAACAAUCUUCUUUGGCAGAAUCAAACUGCAAAUGCAGAAAAAACACAACUUAAAUAAUGUCUGCUAAAGUCCAACACACAAACACAAACAGUGGGAACACAAAUGUUUCAGUAGAGCUGAGUCACUGUCCUCUGCAGGUCAGGAGCUCUUCUGCUGAAACGUCGUGUUUGCAGCUGUUGUCUGCUCGUCUGGGUGUUUUUUAUUGGUGUUAUUUGCUGCAUGUUUGCUGUUCAUGCAGCUCUUCUGACUUUUUGCUGCAUGUUUUUAAUGUUUCGUUUACUUUAGGCCUUUACAGUCCGUCAGAUUGUUCCUGUUUCAGAUAUAAAAUGAUGACAAAAUAAAACCGAACACUUGGACAUAAACCAGAAUGAAGUCAAAUGACAGAAACCCUGUUUGACGAACUUUUAUUGGAUUUUAUAGUCUGACUCAUGUCCCAUCGGCUUACAUGGAGGCCCAUACUGCAGCUCUAAAUGUUUUGGUUUCACUUUUGGGGAGCUGUCAUGUCAUCCUCUGUCUCUGGUUUGAAUAGAAAACAUAAACUGACAUGAUAUUCGGACAUGAGCUGAUCUAAGAGCAGCUGAGAUGUUUUCUGUUUGUCUAACUCCAUUUCCCAUCAUCCCUCAGGAGAAGAGGAAGAGACAGACAGAGAUCGAGAACAAGAAACGUCAACUGGAAGACGACAGGAGAGCUCUGCAGCACCUGAAGGUGACACACACACACACACACACACACACACACACACACACACACACACACACACACACACACACACAGAUCAGACUGAUAUAAUGUUCAACAUGAGGAACAUUAAGAACAUCAUGAAUAAGCACAAAGUGAACCUGGGGGCCCCCAGGGGCCGGUCUGCUUCUUCAGUCCAGCUAUUGUUCCCAGUCAGAGUUUUUUUCACAGCACAGUGAUUUUAACAGUGAGGCUAUUUUUACUGAGGCUGAUGCAGAGGAGUGACCCUGCAGACCGACAACAGCUGCACCGUAAACAUAUCUGAUCUAAAAUGGGCCGAGACUGAAGCAGACUCACAUACCCGUCUGAAUAACUCCGAGUCUUUAACAGCUGUUCUCUGAUCACAUGACACACACACACACACACACACACACACACACACACACACACACACACACACACCUAAAAGGUGACUGUCUGCCUGCACCUAUAGAGUUCAGGGUUAGUUUGUUAUUGUACUCACGAUUACCUGGACAGGUGAGUGCUGUGGAGGCUCAUGAUGAUACAAGUUUAAUGUUAUUAUACAUACUUAUACCACAUGAUAAAUCAAAUUAUAAAAAUAAAUAAAUGUAAAUAAUAAAUAAUAUAAUUUUAAAUAAAUAACAAAACUAAUAAAUUUGGACAGAAAAAUAUGAAAAUAAAAUAAAUAAAUGUAUGUUAGUCUGAUUUGUAAUGUUUAAGUUUUGAUGGUUUAUUGUCUCAGUUUUUGGCAAAAUUUUUAGAUUUUAUUUUGAUCAACUUCAAAAAAAAUUUUAUACCAGUGCUUUUAUUUUGUUGAAUCGGAUGAACCCGAUGACUCUGUUUCCUGUUUCAGUCUAAGGCUCUGAGGGAGCGCUGGCUGCUGGAUGGAGCGCCCUCCGCUGGACCUGAGCAGAAUGAAGUCAAGAUACAGCUGGAGCAGGACGAGACCAAGACCAGGACCCUGGAGGACACCAUCAACAGGUCUGAGAUAAUCUAGUCCGAAUAACCUGAUCCAGGAUACCAGGUUACAAUAAUCUGAUCCAAGAUAAUCAGGUUACAGUAAUCUGAUUCAACACAACCUGGUGCAAAAUAUUUUAUCCAACUAAUCCAGUCCUGAACAUCAAUUAUAUAAAUGUGACCUAAAAUGACAUUGGUCUACCUAACCUGAUGAAAAAUAAUCAGAUUUUAAAUAAUCUGGUUGAGAUAAUCUGAUCUCAUAAACUCUUAUUUAACAUAAUCUGAUCCUCACAGUCCAGUCCGGAUGUGAUCCAAAAUACUCUGGUCCAGAAAAUCAGAUUUGAACAAAAUAAUCAAAAUAAUCUGAUCCAAAGUAAUUGGGUGCAAAGUACCAGACUGAAAAAAUAUGAACUAAAUAAUCUAACCCCAUUUAAUCUGGUCCAAAAAUCAGAUCCCACCAACCUGAACCAAUCUGAUCUAAAUUAUUGUAGUCCUAACAAUCUGAUCAGAAUGAAUCUGGUCCAGAUAAUCUGAUCCUAAUGAACUGAUCAAAAUAAUGUGAUCAGAAUAUCUGGGGAAAAAGAUCUGAUCAGAAAAAUCUGAAUAUCAGGACCAAAACCCCCUGGAUUAACUAAUGUGAACCAACUAAUCUAAUCUGAACAAUCUAAUCUGAAUAAUUUCUCUCUUCCACAACCUUGGGCAGACAUCUGAACUGAGCUGAUCAGCUGAGUUUUGAUUAAACUUUUGUGUUCAGAUUAGGAUUUAUUAGAUUAUUUAAAUUGGAUUAAGUUUAAAAUUUCUUAUGUUUGUGUUCAAGGCUGGAGAAAGAGCUGGUCAACCUGGAGACUGAAGCUGUGUGUGAGACUAUAAUCCAAACAGCUGUGAGUACAAACACACACACACACAUUCACACAAGUGGAAGAUCUGGUUUAUGUUGGACUUUUAUUGUGAAGUUGAGCUUCCUGUCUCUCUCUCUCUCUCUCUCCGUCCGUCUGUCCUCAGGUGUCUCCACAAUCAGUUACAGGUAAAUUCCUUCUUCUCUGUCUCCGUCUGUGUCUCUGUCUGUGCCGUCUCUCUAUCUUAUUGUGUGUCUCUGAUCAGCUGUAGAGGUCAAAGGUCACAGCGACCACCUGCAGGACCUGCCCGUGAUGUCAGAAAAGGUCGUUCGAGGUGAGACUCAGCGUGAAUCUCCUGAGAUCUUCUUCUAAAACCUGAUUUUAGUGAAAUUGACUGAGCUCCAUGAGACUCACACAAACAUGGCCGACCUUGACGAGACUCUACUGGACUCAACAGACCUCAGAGAGUCAGAUUACAGAUCUCAGAUUACAGAUAUGACAUCCUUGUGACAGUAUUUGGACUAUUUGGUAAAGGAGAUCAAAUUAUAGUAACCAGAUUACAGUAAUCUGAUUACAGUAUUAAGGGUCCAAUAGUCUGAUUAAAGUCCUCAGAUUGCGGUUGUAGACAAGAGUUAUCAGAUUACGGUAUCUAGUCUGAUGAUUGUAAUAUAAUGAUUAAUCAGAUUACUUUAUUCAGAUUAUAUUAUGACUGUGAUAUUUAUUACUGUUAUUUCAUUACAGUCUUCAAAAUAAAGUUAUUCAGUUUACGCAUUAAAUAUUAGUAAUCUGAUUACUUAAGUCAGAUAAUAGUAAUUUAAAUAAGAUGUUGACAGUCAUCAGAUUAUCGUGUUCAGAUUAUAACAGUAGAUUAGAUGUAUUAGAUAACCAUGUUAAAAAUACUGUAAUCAGAUUAUAGUAACCAGAUUAUACUAAAAAGGCACUAAUCUGAUCACAGUAUUCAGACUAUAUGCAUACCUGUACAGUUAUCUGAUUACUGUAUUUACAUUAUAUGUAUUUGUUUAUAAUAAUCUGAUUACGGUAUACAGAUUGUAGUAACUGGACUGCCUGUAGUAGAAUACAGUAAUCUGAUUACAGUAUUCAGAUUAUAUGUAUUGGUUUAUAGUAAUCUGAUUACAGUAUUCAGAUUACAGGCCGCUCUUGAUGACCUCAGAGUUUCAGUCUGUCUGUCUCUGUGCCCGCCUCCUUUCUGUCCCAUGACCCCUUGCAGAGGUCAAAGUUCAUAAAAGUGCGGGGGUGAACAUACGGAAGGGGGCGACGGAGGAGAUGAAGAAAGGUGAGUCAGGAGGCGGAGUCAGUGUAUCCUGAUAGUGACGGGAUGAUGUCAUGCCUCCACCUGAUUGGCUGGUUUAGUUCGACAUAAUGAACGCUGUGUUAACGUAAACAUUAAAGCCUGUUGCCGUGGUGAUUUACCACACACUUUAAGGUCAUGUUAGCUUCCUGGACUAGCCUUUAGCUCCAGCAUCUUCUAGCCAAUCACAGGAGGUUAUUUCAGGUAACUGCAGUGACAGAAAGGUGUCACAUGACCAGCUGACAUGACACCUGACCCACAAUUGCUCACCUUUACCUGUUCAUCAGUCAGGUGGUUCAGGUGUCAGAGAGGUCAGAGGUCAAGCAUGCAGACAGGUGAGACGUAAAGGUGAAAUCAGCGCAGAGAGUAAACAUGGAAGUGUUUGUUUAUUAACACCUGUCUGUCUCUAACACCUGUCUGUCCACCUGUGUGUGUGUGUGUGUGUUCAUGUGAGCUUUCAUGUUUUAUGUGUGUGUGUGUGUCUGUGUGUGUGUGUGUGUGUGUGUGUGUAUCUUUCUGUUGACCCUGUGUACCCUCCUCCUCCUCCUCCUCCUCAGCCAUGUACUCGGUGGAGAUUAAAGUAGAGCGGGACAAAGUGACGGGGGAGACCCGGGUUCUGUCCACUAACACCACACUUCCUGUUGACCUCUCUCACCAAGGGGUCAAAGUUUACGAGGACGAGCGGAAAGGUGAUGUCAUCAAACAAAAAUAAACACCUGAGUUUAGCAGAGUUCACCUGCCGAGGAAACAAAGAUGUUUAUUUUAGAGCACUGACAGAGAUCGUGAUACCGGAUCAGGUCUGGGUCAGCUCAGGAAGUUCUGAUGGGCGCCAUGUACAGGGUUCCAGUGCAUCCUGGAAAACCUGGAAAGCAGUUGACCAGUUUUCCAGUCAUGGAAAAAAACAUAUUUCAUUUGGUUUAUUUAGAUCUCCAUUUGCUUCGGCUAAGGCCAUCGCUCUUCUUCAUGGAGUUUACAUUUACGGUUAUUUCUCCAUCUCAGUGCAAAGACACAAAAAAACAUCACGCCACAAACGCAAAGACAACGUCAGUAACCACAACAACUCACAACAGCCAACAAAACAAAAACAAAACAACAAAACUAGAACAAUACAAACAACAUACAAAUAUUAGGUCUGUGUAUUAUCCUUCCAUUUAAUUAUUCCAUUCAAUCUACUAAACAAAAAAUAAAAAAAAAACAAGUUAAUAGUUUGUUUAUUUGUUUUUCUGUAUAACGAAAAAAUAAAAAAUUAGUUUGUUUUUAUAUUUUCAGCUCAAAACUGAAUAUAUAAUAGAGAAGGAAACGAAAACACAAUAACAAAUCUUAGUCUGUGUUCACACUGCAGGUCAAUUCUGAUUUUUUGACCCUAUGUGACACAUAUCUGAUGUUUUCAUGUAAGUGUGAUAAUAUGUCCGGGUAGAUCAGUCCACAUCACCGUGGUUUUAUACAUUACCGUAUUUUUUCAUCUUGUUUGUUUUUACUUAAGAGGAAUUUACCGUCCGUAGCAUGUCUUGUUCUGUAACCGUGUUCAUCCGAACCGAAAGACUAACCAUCGUGACGAACCCUUGGUAAUUCCGUCACAGAUAGUCUUCUUAUUAAAGUUCUUAACGAUCAACCAGGAAAGACAGUUAUGCCUUUGACUAACAUUGGAUCUUUAUGGACAGCGAAGUAAAUAUCUCGCUGACUUGUUUUGAGCUGUUUGCAGUUUCUUUAUAAGUGAUGAAGCGGCACACGACCGAACCUGUGAACGAUAAUCGAGGUGUGAUAACAGCGGACUCUUAAUCACACUUCCUCUAACAUUUAUAGCUGAGCAGAUAAGGAAAUAAUCGUUCACUUUGUUAUACAAGCAUGAAAUUUGGUACAUAUACUCUUCAAACCCCACUCUUAUUCUUCUUCCAUGUUUAUAUAUUAUCGAGUUUAUAAAGAGACACUGAGGUUAACGUUACCGAUGUCAGGACUGCAUGGCUAAUGCUAAAGCUAAUGCUAAUGCUAAUGCUAAUGCUUAUACUACAACUUAUAUGACAAGUUUCAUCCUUCUGAAUUCAUGAUUCAUCUCUGCUGAAUUCAUGAUUACUUCAGGGCAAUGGCAGCCAUAUUGGACACCAUCUUGGUUUUCAUAUUUAAUGUUAUAACCCUCAUGAAAAUAACAGAUAAUGAAAAUGAUAUUUUCAUAUAACCAGAUGCACGUAACAACAAUCGGUGUUACAUAUUUCUCACUCUCCCAAUUCUGUUCAAGUAUCUAUAUGCUGUAUCUCGAGAACCGUAAUGGAUACAGAGAUGUACUAGGUACCAAAAUGUCCGCAAUACCCAACUUUAUAUUCAACUUUAAUAUAUGUAUGGGGCUUAAAAUCAAGUCAUUUUGAGUUAUAAAGGAAAAACCACAUUUUGGGCGGAUAUCUUGGAUUUUGGGGCCGCCAUCUUGGAAUUUUGCGUGGCCAAUGUUAUUUUUAAAAAGAGUGGGGUUUGAAGAGUAUAUGUACCAAAUUUCAUGCUUGUAUAACAAAGUGAACGAUUCGGGCUAUAUUAUGCAUUUGUCUGCUCCACUAUUACAGGUAAUAAAUCACGUCUCCUAAUCACCGACAGACUCCUGCCCAGUUUAUUUAUUACUUUCUUAAUAUUUUUCGCCCAUGUCCGUUUACUAUCAAAAUUAUUCCUUUAAGUUUGGUUUCGUGGACUUGUUCUACCGUCACAUCGUUCACAUACAGCUUCAAUUUUGGUUUGUUAACAUGUUUUUGUCCCAGACUCAAAGCUGUUUGUCUUCGAAGUAUUAAAAACUCAUUUAUUAUCAGUUCAAGUUAUUAUCCGUUUCACCACGACUCGAAGUUCCUGAUUUAAAAAACUGCAAAGUUCAUCUGUUAUGGUUUUAGCCGCAUCAUCUGCAUACAUUGAAAGUUUUGCGUCCUUUAGGGUCAGAGGUCAGUCAUUCGUCAAUAUUGAAUAUAGCAAAGGGGCCAAGACUGCUACCCUGCGGGACGCCACAGUCAUUUACUUUUGCAUCAAACAGACUUCCAUUAAAAAAAUGUCAUCAUCUCAUAGAAAGUGGAAAAAAAGGCGGGAAAAAGUGGCGCUAUCCUGGAUAGCUACAGUAAGAGCUACAGGACGCCACUUAGCAUCGUGGGUACGUAACUACCUCUGAUUGGCUGGAGGACUGAGACCCCGUAAUGAAGUCUCUGCAGACCCUCAGAGUCAGGUUACCCCCUGGUGUCAGUAGGAGGAUAAAAAUCUCAGCUCUGAUUGGUCCUCCCGCUGCGUCCGGACCUGGACUUAAAUUCUGACCCCGUCCAUGUCUGUCUUUUAGUGGUCCACGAGAUGAACGGUGAAGAUGGCGUCCAGCUGCUCAGCUCCUCCGAGGUCGAAGAGCUCAUCCACGAGGCCUCGAUGAUGUCACAGACUGUCGCCACGGUGACAUCCCUCCCCACAGAGGAGGUUCAGGAGGAGGCGGAGCCUGAAAACCUGCAGCCGGUUCCAGCGGAGAUCACCGGGCUGGAGACCAAACCGAGAGGCGAGCCGAGCGUGGGAGAGGCGAGCGCAGAGAACCCGGUUACCAUGGUGUUCAUGGGAUACCAGAACGUGGAGGACGAGGACGAGACCAAGAAGGUUCUGGGUCUACAGGGGACGGUGAAGGCGGAGCUUGUGCUCAUCGAAGACUACAACGGGAAGACGCCGCCGAGCGAAGGGAAGGAGGACGCCACCGUUCCCUCGACCACGGCUCCGACUCUUCCAGCCUCGGCCGCCUCCACGGCUCCGGCUUCCUCCACCAAAGCUCCAGAGACGACGAGGUCAGCGAGCAACGGGGAGACGGCGGGGGAGGCGGGUGAGGGAGGCGCGGUGCAGAUAAAGAAGGAGAAGCAGCCAUGUAAGUGCUGCAGCAUCAUGUGAUCCUGCAGGGGGCGCUGCCUUAACGUAUAGAAUGAUAAUCUAAAUAAGAAAAAAAAAGGACGGAGACUUUCCAGGACAAAACUACAGGAACUAAACUCCACCCACUGCCCUAAGCCCCGCCUCUAACAACAUGACAUCAUUUCCUGUUUUUCAUUCUGCUGUUUUAUAAAACCUUUCCUCUUUUUCUAUUUUAUUGAGGCCUUUUAACUUUUGUACACCUCCUGUUUCCAGUAGUAUAAGCAUUAGCAUUAGCAUUAGCUUUAGCAUUAGCCAUGCAGUCCUGACAUCGGUAACGUUAACCUCUGUGUCUCUUUAUAAACUCGAUAAUAUAUAAACAUGGAAGAAGAAUAACUGCAGAGUUGUUUGGAGUUUCUCGGCUGCAGAGUUUGAUUCUGUCUGUCGGAGAAACUUUCACUUUUGUUUUUGUUUUUUUUUUUUUAAAGGGAAAAUAAAAAAUGACCUGACGGUGCUCUACACAACCCAGCUUUUUGUUUUUUGUUUGCAGAUGCACGUCACAAACCUCCCUCCCUCCAUCACCACCACGCUCUCCCCUCCUCCCAUCACACUCCCCCUCCUCACCCCCGUCACGUUUCUCUGCUCUGUUUCAACAUGAGUCUCUGUAAAUGUCAAUAAUUCUCUGUACUGCGCUAACCUGAGCAGGUGUUCGAUUCUCAAAAACUGAUUCCGGUUUGAUUGGAAAACGGACAGAAAUGCAACAACUCGGCUAAAACCCACAGGAUCCGGAUCGGCUCCGUUAAAUUUCAAAAUAAAAUAAAGUGAAUACGUUAAACUGUUCUUGGUAAUAGGAGAGGUCAGGAUUGUGGGGUGUGGGUGUUUGUAAACAACGAUCGGCGGAUCUCAUUCAAUGUCUCAUGGGAAAACACGUGAGAUCUUGUUAGAUCUCGUCCAGUAAUAUCGCAAGAGUUUCUCCUCCGAUGGCGGCGGAUCGGAUCAGGUGGGCGCUGUUUGUUUGCGUAUUUGAUUCGCCUGCAGGUCCAGAGCGGAGUGGAGCCGUUCCGGAUCCUGUGGAAUUCCCCCAGUUAGUCAUUAAGGUAGAGUCUCACCUUUUUAUUCAAUCAAUUUGUUUGAUCUACCAUCAAGCUCCGCCCCCUGAGUUCCUGAGCUAACCUGAACAGGUGUUCAGUUCUCAAAACAGAUUUUGGUUUGAUUGGAGAACGGAUAGAAACCUCAUCAAACUCAACUUAACUUUAAUUAUAGAGCACUUUAAAUACAACUAAGGCUGACACAAAGGGCUGGACACAAUAACAUAAAAACAUAAAACAACGAUAAAAAAAAAAAAGGGUUUUAGAGCAGAUUGAACAUUACACCUGAAAGAAAGUACUGGCUCCGACCAACAGGUGGAGCUGUGCAAGUUAAAGCUCAUGUGACGAGUUUUCAUGAUAAACAGAAACAAAAAAGACCAAUUUGACAAAACCGUCGAUUUAUUUAUCCUAAUUUUUAAUCCCUGACCCGGGUGCGAGGGGGGAGGUGUGAGCCCAGCAGCUAAAAAAAACAUUUUACCAAAUAAACGAGUUUCAAUAAAUGAAACUUCAUCAAAAACCAACAGGAUCUCAUUUCUGAGUUUACCGUGUGUUGUGAUGAUCGUUGAAAGUCCGGACGCUGUUCCUCGGAUUCAGCAGGAAACGUCGGCAGUUCGCGCCACGACGGUCAAAAACCUUUUGCGCUUCCGGGUCAAACACCCGCCCACAACAGUGACAUGGCGACCUUCAUCCCUGAGCCUCCACAUAACAGCACAGCGACAACCAAUGGACACAAAGUGAACUGCUACUCAUAAUUUGUAUCACAGCAACAUUUGUCUCCUACAACACCAAUAAUCAUGUAGAGGACAUGAUACACAGAGACCACAGGGGGCGCCAAAACUGACUGCGUCCAAAAGUUACUUACAGUGGCUUUAAAUGUUGAUGCAUUUCAGGGAGUUUGAGUCAGAAGUACAAACAGAUGAAAUCCCCACAUUAGCAUGCCAGACCAGCAGGUGGCGAUAAUAAUAAAGCUCCAUAGAGGAACACUGUGCGCAUGUAGACCUUUAAAAAACAUCAAAACUGUGUUCUGGUUUCAGGUCUGAAGCUUUGCUAAGCCCGGUGUCGGUCCAGAUGAGGUUCUGUGUUAACUCAGACUCAGACCUGUAUGUGAACUUUACUUCCAUCCUGCUGUCAGAUCAAACAAACAUUUAAAAAGAAGUUUUAGACUUCAACUGUUCACCUUUCAGAGGUCACCUUUUCAUGUUUCCUAAGACGUGACAGCGGUGCCGUCCUGCCGUCUCCAUCGGGGUCUGACCCGAUCAGAAUAGUGAUUGAAAUCUGAUUAUUGGCCCAGGUCUGGAGCAAAACCUGUGAUGUAGUCCAGGCGGUCUCACAUUCUCCCUGUAACCAUGAGGUGAGUCCAGACUGACCCCGAUGGGCGUGUCUAAUACUCAUGUUUGAUCAGAGCGCUCGUCUGUUUCUCGCCAUCACUCCCUCCUCUGUGUUUAUUCUGCUCGUCUGCUCUCAGUCUGACGUCCUCACGCUCACCAGGUUUACACCGCUUCAUGUCUCAUUAACAGAUCUGAACUGAUCUGAUGAUCGCCCGUCACCAUGGUGACCACACAACAAAGAUGGCCGACUGAAAGAGGAGAGAAGGAUCAGCACUGAAGGUGUAUCCUCUCAGGAGCAGGACUGACCUGACUGAUGUGACCUCCUCAAGCAUGAUAAGCACGCCCACUCUGAUGUCAUCGAUGACACAGUCUCACCUGACAGGAAGUUCACUCUCCUCCUCCGUCCCCACGGUCUGCAGAUCUUCAUCAUCAUCAUCAUCAUCAUCCUCAUCCGUCCUCCUCAUGGUUUUCAUCGUCUCCACUCGGACUCAAACCCACAUUCAGGACGUGAUGAAAGCAGCAGGAUGGAACUAUCGCCUUCAAAAUAAAAGCCUGCUCUCCUCCUCUUCCUCAUCCUCUUAUCUCUGCAUGAAGUCGUCCAGUCCACCCCCCCAACAGCAGACAUGAUAAAAACUGAGACCCCAGACCACAGCUCUGUGAGCCCCCUGUAUGUAAACGUCACAUUUUCACCAAUAAAUCUGAGACCCUGAAAACAUCAGCAUCAUCCGUCUGAAGACAUUUAAUUAACUAUUUUGAUUAAUUAUCAUCAUGUUACGUGUUAUUUUGUGUCAAAUGUUAUUUAAAGGUGGUGUAGUCAGGAUCUGAGUAAGUUCUUGAAUGUAAACUCUACCCCUCCCAACCAGUUUUCCCCUCAGCUCCUCCUCUCCCUCUCUUAAGCCCCGCCCACAAACAGACGCUCCUGCUCGCUCGUAUCGUUCCAAUUAAAUUCAGAUAUAAUGCCGAUAAAUACUUCAGAUCAUUACAAAUGGGGCCCAGUCAAGGUGAAAGUCAAAAGCAUUGGUGCUACUGUAGAUGCCAACAGACUACCAGCAAACACAAUGUUUGCAGGACUUCUACAACGAGGAUAAAGUGACAUAGUCCAGGACCCGAGGGAGGACAGUUUAGCGAUGGAGCUACAACACGCUACAGCAGGUCCGUUUGACAAGAAACACUUCUGUUACAGACACUUGUCUUACUUUGUUAAAGCGGUUUACCUGUCCACAGAAAGGUUACAGGGUCACCAAGAUCCCCAAGCGUCCCCCAUCGUUUAUGUUGACCCGGCUUUUUAGCUCUUGUCCGUCUACCUCCGUUUUAAGCGCCCGUUAUUCCUCCAGAGUCUCCGGUAUUUACUUUGUUUUCUUGCUUGUGUCGGCAGUCGUGGCCAAAGGAGGAUUCGGACAAUUUUCCGAACUUUCUGGUUGGUUUCUACUGUCCGAUAUUGUAGCACGCUAACUUUGUUUGGGCUCCUGAACGACACGGGGGAGCAGCAUUUUCUUGUUGACUGUUUUCUUGUUGCCUGUUUUGGUGUGGACUGUUUUCUUGUUGAUUGUGGUUGACUGUUUUCUUGUUGACUGUUUUCUUUUUGACUGUUUUGGUGUUGACUGUUUAUGGUUGACGUUUUCUUGCUGACUGUUUUCUUGUUGACUGUUUUCUUGCUGACUGUUUUCUUGUUGACUGUUUUUUUGCUGACUGUUUUCUUGUUGACUGUUUAUGGUUGACUGUUUUCUUGUUGACUGUUUAUGGUUGACUGUUUUCUUGUUGACUGUUUUCUUGUUGACUGAUUAUAGUUGACAUUUUCUUGUUGACUGUUUUCUUGCUGACUGUUUUCUUGCUGACAGUUUUCUUGCUGACUGUUUAUGUUUGAGUGUUUUCUUGCUUGUGUCGGCAGUCGUGGCCAAAGGAGGAUUCAGACAAUUUUCCGAACUUUCUGGUUGGUUUCUACUGUCCGAUAUUGUAGCACGCUAACUUUGUUUGGGCUCCUGAACGACACGGGGGAGCAGCGUCUGCCUCACAACCAAUCAGGUUAGAGGAGGUGGAGAACGGCUUUGUUUACAGUCAGAAAGAGCGGACCGCUCAAAAAUGUUCAAAUGUUGACGACACAGACAUAAGAGAACACAGAGAUAUCGAUAUAUUACCAAAUGUCAUCAAUAACUAAUAACUAUUGACUGAUAUUAGAAGAUUUUUUGUAAAUACACAAAAUAAAAAGAUGCUUCUUUAACAGAUUCCUGACUACUCCACCUUUAACAGAGAAACUGCUGACAGGACCUGCACAUAAUCGAGGUUACAGUUUCCUGCAGAUGAGGG